AUGUUGAGAUUUACUAGGGGGUUUUCUCGGAAAGCGGGUGUUUAUGACCAGACGAUCAAGAAUCUACUGUUGCCCAAGGACACGAAGGUGAUGUUCCAAGGGUUUACAGGUAAGCAAGGUACGUUUCAUGCGAAGAUCUCGCAGGAGUACGGGACUAAUGUUGUUGGUGGUACUAAUCCGAAGAAGGCUGGGCAGACGCAUCUGGGCCAGCCUGUGUUUGCGUCAGUCAAGGACUGUGUGAAGGAGACAGGGGCCACUGUGUCCGGUAUAUUUGUUCCGCCUCCAAUUGCGGGUGCGGCCAUCCAGGAGGCCAUCGAGGCGGAGAUCCCAUUGGCAGUGUGUAUCACGGAGGGUAUUCCACAGCACGAUUUGCUGUACAUAUCUGAGAUGCUGAAGUCGCAGAACAAGACCAGGCUGGUGGGGCCCAAUUGCCCAGGUGUGAUCAACCCUGCGAACCACGUCAGGGUCGGUAUCCAGCCCACACGUAUCUUCAAGCCAGGUAAGAUUGGUAUCGUGUCGCGUUCAGGUACUCUGACUUAUGAGGCCGUGCAGCAGACUACUCUCAGCGGUCUCGGACAGUCCCUCGUCGUGGGUAUCGGCGGUGACGCGUUCCCAGGUACCGACUUUAUAGACGUUCUAAAGCUGUUCCUAGAGGACCCACAGACAGAAGGUAUCAUCAUGCUCGGUGAGAUCGGUGGUAAGCCGGAAAUUGAGGCCGCAGAGUUCUUGCAGGAGUACAACUUCAGCAAAGCUAACCCUAAACCAGUCGCUUCCUUCAUUGCUGGUAAAGUAGCAGGACAAAUGAAGGGUGUUCGUAUGGGCCACAGUGGUGCUAUCGUAGAAGGUAGCGGAACUGACGCAGAGUCCAAGAAAGAAGCCCUAAGAAACGUGGGUGUCCAAGUCGUCGAAUCCCCAGGUUACUUGGGUCAAACCUUGCUAGAACAGUUCUCUAAGUUGUAA